GACUGGGUCGCUCAUGAAUGCAGGCACGAGAGAGGAUUCCAAGGAAGGAGUUGGGACUUUGGAGGAUCAGGAAGCGACUGAACUAGAAGAGAAGCUGCCUGAUCAAAUCCAGUGCCUCAAAGAGGAAGCUGUUGUUCGGAUGACGAACUACCAUGUACCCCAAGGAGCAGGAGAUAUAGUCAUGAUUCAGUCAGAUCACACUGGUGCUGUGGAUAUCCUUUCAGCGGAGCUGGAGACUGCAGACCUCCUUGGGGAACAGAGGAAAGCUCAGCCUCCCCCUCUGGCUCCACCCGCCAUGUGGACCACUGAGAAGAUUAAGGAAUUCAAAGCCAAGAUGGGAAAGGAGAAGAAUGGCCGGAUGGUAGUGAAGCGAGGCGAGGUGGUGACAGUCCGUGUGCCAACCCAUCCUGAUGGGAAAUGCAUUUGCUGGGAGUUUGCUACAGAUGACUACGACAUUGGUUUUGGAGUCUACUUUGACUGGACCACAGUUAGUAGCACUGCUAUUACUGUUCAGGUCAGCGAAUCCAGUGAUGAGGAGGAUGAAGAGGAGGAGGAGGAAAAUGAAGGACUUGCCUCUGUUGGUGAUGUGGAAAGGGGCUCCAAAAGCUAUCUACGGAACCGCUAUGGAGAGAUCAUGCCAGUGUAUCGGAGGAACAGCCAUCGGGAGGUGCAGGCAGGCAGCCACGAGUACCCAGGCGAGGGCAUCUACCUGCUGAAAUUUGACAACUCAUACUCCCUCCUCCGCAAUAAGACUCUCUUCUUUCAUGUCUAUUACACUAGCUGAACUAAAGAGAAGGGCAGGGACGGCAGACAGGUAAUGAUGAAUGUAGCAGGCUGCCAUCCAACCUUGGUACUGCCUGAUGGGCACUGCUGUGUGACAACCAAGGCACAAUUCUGCCGGCUCUUCUUCAGACACUAACUGGUUUCUCCCCGCACCCUCCUUCCCUGCUGUCCCAGUGGAGAAAGGCAGCUGUAUCUGCCUGGUUGUCCACAGGCAGCUGCUCUUUCUGUAAAAUUUUGGGAGAUCUGCUCUGUGCAGGCGUUGGGCUGGGCCUUCGUGUCACAGCUGGUAAAUGCCCAGAGCCCAGGUUCAGGUGGUCAUGGUUUUGAUCUGUUGCGCUGGUACAAAAUGAAGUGGAAAUAUUUUUGAUCUGUUACUGUUUUGUGAGUAACUUUUCCAACUC